AUGGGGUUUGUAGAAGACGAGCUCAAGCACUUGCGCGAUGUUAUCAGCGGCCUUGAUUCGCGCAUCAAGCAGCUUGAGCAGCGCGCGACAGGAUCUACCUCAAUUGACGCAGAGAGCCUUCGCAUGAUCUUGAUUGGGCCUCCUGGAGCCGGCAAGGGUACCCAAGCACCAAAGAUCAAAGAGCGCUUUUCUUGCUGUCAUCUGGCCACAGGCGAUAUGCUGCGGUCACAAGUCGCCAAGAAGACGCCUCUCGGAAGGGAAGCCAAGAAAAUCAUGGACCAAGGGGGCCUUGUCAGUGACGAUAUUGUCAUUGGCAUGAUCAAGGAGGAACUUGAGAAUAACAAGGAGUGCCAAGGAGGCUUUAUCCUCGACGGCUUCCCACGUACCGUGCCUCAGGCCGAAGGCCUCGACGCAAUGCUCAAUGAGCGUGGCCAAACUCUCCAGCAUGCUGUCGAAUUGCAGAUCGACGAUGCUCUGCUGGUUGCUCGCAUUACCGGUCGAUUAAUCCACCCCGCGUCUGGCCGCUCCUACCACACAACUUUCAACCCCCCGAAGCAGGCUAUGAAGGACGAUGUAACUGGAGAGCCUCUUAUCCAGAGAAGCGAUGACAAUGCUGAGGCGCUGAAGAAGCGUCUUGUCACUUACCACCAGCAAACAAGUCCCGUGGUUGGAUAUUACCAGAAGAAUGGCAUCUGGAAGGGUCUUGAUGCCAGCCAGCAACCCGGCGAAGUAUGGAAGAAUAUGUUGGAUAUUCUAGAAGGAAAGAAGUCUCAUGGCUCUUCUAUCUUUAGUAAAAUUGCUGGAAGCAGCUAG